AUGAACAACAACCUCCAGUCAUCUUACAGUGCCUUGACCCUUCAGAGAUUUGGGAUAUUGACCGUGGGCCUGGGGAACCUGGGACUCUUGUUCUCUAGGUUAUUUGUGAUACUGCUUCUGCAGAUUUCUCUUUUUGAGUAUCACAUGGUGAAAAGUCCUUGUCAUAUAGAAAGAGCUUACAGUCCCACAUAUAGAAAAGAAGGGGAUUUAAUCAUAGGGGGCUUCUUCUCCUUGUAUCAGAAGUCAACGCGACCAUAUGACAAAUAUUUCUUCCAAAGUCCUCCCAUCUGGAUUGCUCCAGAAACACAGGUAUUACGCAAACAUUACCAACAUAUGCUGGUUUUCCAAUUUGCUGUGGAUGAGAUCAACAAGAACUCCAAUUUGCUGCCAAACAUAACCUUGGGAUACCAGUUGCUCAAUAACUUCCAUCAGGCCAGACUAGCUGUGGAGAGCUCCUUGAUAUGGCUGUCAAGGCGGGGUCCAACCAUCCCUAACUACAGCUGUGACAGGAAACCCAAUUCAGUGGCUGUCAUUGGAGGGAUGUCAUCUACACUGUCCACGUCCAUGGCCACCAUUCUCAAACUUUAUAAAGUUCCACAGAUCACCUAUGGCUUAUUUGAUCUUCUCCUGACUGAUAAGAUCCAGUAUCCAUAUGUCUAUCAGAUGGGCAACAGGGAAUCCACUCUUCACCUAGCAUUCAUCCAACUGAUGCUCCAUUUUGACUGGACUUGGGUGGGACUGGUUCUUUCAGAUAACACACGAGGGGAAAAUUUCUUCAGGGAUCUGAAAGAGGAGAUGGACAGGAAUGGUCUGUGUGUGGCCUUAAAGGAAAGCGUGCCCCCAGUCUUUAAUGGUGAAGACUAUUACAAACUCUCUUCUAAGAUCAUUGCAUCAUCAUCAAAUGUGAUUUUCAUCUAUGGAGAUACAGACUCCCUUCAAGAUCUUGCAAAUGCAUUCAUGGCUUAUGUACUUUAUGGGAAAAUGUUGGUUUCAACCACUUCUUGGGAUUUUUCUUUUGAUAGCAAUUUGGAAAUGCUUACCUAUUUUCAUGGUACAAUACUAUUUUCUCAUUCCCAGAUGGAGAUUCUUGGUUUCACAGAUUUUGUAAGAAGCCUGAAUCCCAGUGUGAACUCUGAGGACAUUUUCCUAAAGAGUUUCUUUGAGUCAUUCUCUAUGUGCAGAGCUUCAGCAAAAAGUCAAUUAGAAAUGUCAGAUACUUUGUGCCCAGAAGGUGUUUCCUGGAAAAAUUUACCUUUUAAAAAUUUUAACAAGCUCAUUAUGGAACUGAGUUUUAAUGUUUACAAUGCGGUAUAUUUAGUGACCUAUGCUCUCCAUCAAAUGCUCCAGUCUGGGGCAAAAGAGACACAAGAACUCAGAAAAAACUCAGAUCUUUCUUGGAAGCUCCACCACUUCCUGAAGUCCACCAGUCCUGUCAAUAGUGCCAGUGAUGAGUCAUGUGGGGAUGGAGACAAGACGACUGCUGAGACAUAUGAUAUCCUGAAUUAUAAAUACUUCUCUUUCCGCACUGAGGUACUUGUGAAAGUGGGUGAAGUGACUCCUCAUGAUCAGGAGUUCAGCAUUAAUGAAGAAGAUAUAGAUUGGCCAGAAGAUUUCUCUCAGACUCCAACUUCCAUGUGCAGUCUAAAGUGUGAACCUGGAUUCAAGAAGACAGUACUUGAAGGCCAGCCCAUCUGCUGCUUUGAUUGUACCCCAUGCCCUGAAGGACACAUUUCCAACCAGACAGACGCAGAGCAAUGUCUGCAGUGCCCUGAAGAUGAGUACCCAAGUAUGGAGAGAGAUCGAUGCGUCCCCAAGACUGUGACCUUCCUGGCCUAUGAAGAACCCGUUGGGAUGACUCUGGUCUGGACAGCUCUCUGCUUCUCCCUCCUCACUGCUCUGGUCCUUGGAAUCUUUGUGAAGCAAGACACCCCCAUAGUCAAAGCCAAUAACCGCAGUCUCAGCUACACUCUUCUGGGCUCCCUCAUCCUCUGCUUCCUUUGCUCCUUGCUCUUCAUUGGGCAUCCUACCACAGCCACCUGCAUCCUGAGACAAACCACAUUUGCAGUUGUGUUCACAGUGGCUAUUGCCUCCAUUUUAGCUAAAACCAUCACUGUGGUUCUGGCUUUCAAGGCCACAAAACCAGGGAGCAAGCUCAGGAGGUGGCUGGGCACCACGGCAUCUUCUUCUCUCAUUUUGAUCUGUACUCUAAUUCAAAUAUGUCUCUGUGGCAUCUGGCUUGGGACUUAUCCCCCAUUCCUGGAGAUGGAUGUACAUGCUGAGCCUAGCUUCAUCAUCAUUCAGUGUAAUGAGGGCUCCAUCCUCACCUUCUACUGUGUCCUGGGCUACAUGGCCAUGUUGGCCUUGGGCAGCUUCACAGUGGCUUUCUUUGCCAGAAAUCUUCCAGACACAUUCAAUGAAGCCAAGUUCCUGACAUUCAGCAUGCUUGUAUUCUUCAGUGUCUGGAUAGCCUUCCUGCCCACAUAUCAGAGCACCAAGGGCAAGGCCAUGGUGGCUGUGGAAGUCUUUUCCAUCUUGGCCUCCAGUGCUGGGAUUCUCACUUGCAUCUUUGCUCCUAAGUGCUAUGUGAUCCUUCUCAGGUCAGACAGAAAUACCUUGGAGAUACUGAAAAAGAAAUCCAAUCUCUAA